AUGGCUAUAUUGGCGACAGUGUUGAGCAAACUUAAGAAACUAUUUGUGGUGUUGUUUGCGGUGCUGAAGAGGCCUUUCUGUUGCCGCCGACGCACCCGAAGGAACUCCGGUAUGAUUUUGCCGAUGACUGUCACCACCGCUGACCACCAGCACCACCAACACAUUCCUCCACCUGUCCAUCAGUGGUCACCACAACAACAACACACCAAUAACAUAAAUACCACUAAAUCGCAAAACACUUCCACCGGUGAUGAGCCAGAAGUGGAGGAAGACUUCUUCAAGGAUAUGGUCCCGCAGUUCAGGAGAACUAAAAAAAUUGUGUUGACAACCAAUCAAAGCAGUGAUAAUAACCACCAAAAGUCCAAUCGAUUCGGUGUCGACACGAAGGCCACCAUAUUUCAGGUGCGGAUCUGUUUAGUGAUAUGUCAACGCAAACCAUAUAGCAAAGAGUUGGGAGCAAUGGAUCACUUCGAGGACGACGUGGCCGGCAGUUGGGAGGACGCGGCGGCCACUGAGAUGUGGGACACGGAUGCGGGCCUUCGGGAUCUGCGGCAACAGGAAAGGGAGCGUCGGAUCGCCGAACACCAGCGCAUUAAAGCAGAAAAGGAGUUCAAACGCGCCAAACAACAGCCCAAAGGCAAUCUGUUGGCCACCAAAAUCAGCUAAUUCUGGGCCAUAAACUCAUUGUAUAGUCUUUUCUAAACAUAUUAUUUGUGAUCAUUUUAUUAUGAAAUCGAUUCGACAUUUGGUUUGAUGUCUGUUGCGUUCACUCAUUAUUUCCAGAGAUAUUUAUUCUUGAAUCCGGU